AUGGGCUUCACUGCAGAGUGGGGAACUGCAAGAGAGCAAUUCUCAAUCCCUUCACUGCUCCAAGUUCCAGCUCAUAGAUCCCCUGUGAAACCUUCCAACAACAAUGGCAUCAUAUCUGCAGACUGGUCCUCGCUCCCAUCCGACCUGGUUAACCGCAUCGCCGGCUGCCUCCUGGCCACCAAUGAUGUCGACUAUUACAUGGACUUCCGUGCCGUCUGCAGCACCUGGCGCUCUGCCACCACCGACACCAAGAAUAACCCGGACAAGCGCUUCCACCCAAGCCGCUGGGUCGUGAUCGACGAGGUCAGCUCUGUGGAUGUGGAGGACCGCACACGCCUUUUGGUGAACACUGCCACAGGCCGCGUGCUCCGCAAGGACCUGCCUAUGCUCCGCAAAUACUAUAUCAUCGUUACUACUGGUGGCUUCUUCGUCCUCGCAGACAAGAAACCGCCUCACGCCACACGUGUCCUCAACCCUCUCACUGGCUACUUGCUUCGUUUCAUGGCGCCCAUGGUUACCGAGAAGGUGGCUGCUGCUGCUGCUGUCGCUGGUCCUACUCUUAUUUGUUUUGCGACUCAUGCCAUGGUUUGUUUUCUUGUGGAGUCUGCUGGUCAAAUGCUGAUGAUCUUUAAGCUCCAAGAGCGCAUGGAAGUUUUCAAGGUAGAUAAUGACAUAAGUACACCUCAGGCUGGCCAUAGUGCCUCAGCCUGUGAAGAGCGCAUCGGCAACCGGGCCAUCUUCCUUGGUUAUCGGCAGUGUCUGUUUGUUAAUGCUGAUAAGUUCCAGAUGGUUGAAGCCAACUGCAUCUACUAUUUCCUCUCCAGCUACACCUUCAAUGCCUGGGGCUCUGAACUAGAAUCGGCAAAAAACUUAGAUAAUUUUAUUCCAAAUGCGAAAGAUUUUGGGCUUUCGUCAUACCUCGAGGAUCUUGAGUUUGGUGAUUGA